AUGGACGUCCUUUCUCCCCGUCCUGUCAAUCUCCCCAUGCAGCCACCACCACUACCAAAGGCUGCGAAGAAGCCUCGCCCUGAGUCCAAAGCAAGACCUGAGGAGAAACCCACGAACCCGGAUAGAAUUGACGACAAAUGGCGACCCCCCUCGGUCAUCACAGAGCCCGGGUCGUCACCGGAGACGUACUUGAUGGGCAGAAAGUUAGGGAAAGGAGGGUUCGCUGUAUGUUUCGAGGGUAGGUCGAAACGCACAGCUGAAAUAUUCGCUCUCAAAGUCGUCAAGGCAAAGGUUGAGCAGAAAAAGAUGCUGGAGAAAUUUCGGACAGAAUUACAGAUACAUGCGAAGAUGCACCACCCAAACAUCGUCGAGUUUCUGAGAGCCUUUACUAUUGAGGACCAUACCUACGUUGUGCUUCAGCUUUGUCCUCAUGGCAGUCUCACAGAAAUGGUGAAGGCCCGAGGUUGUCUCAGUCUGCCAGAAGUUCGAAGAUUCAUGGUACAGAUCUGUGGAGGAGUCAAGUAUAUGCACAAACGUUCUGUCAUUCACCGGGACCUCAAGAUGGGAAACAUUUUCUUGGACGCGCGCAUGAAUAUCAAGAUCGGAGAUUUUGGUCUUGCCGCUGUAAUGGCAGACGAACAGGACAGAAGGACGACUCUCUGUGGUACACCAAACUACAUUGCGCCGGAAAUUCUAAGCAAGUCCGGCAACCGAGGUCAUGACAACAAGGUAGACACUUGGGCAGUGGGUGUUAUCUGCUACGCCAUGCUCAUGGGGACCCCUCCAUUCCAGUCCAAGACACAGCAAGAGAUCUACAGCAAGCUUCGUGGACUAGAGUACGAGUGGAGGGUCGACAGCAAGAAUUACAUUCCUCACCAAGCCAAGGACUUUGUAGCAUCUUGCCUAACGCUCAAUUCUGCCGAAAGGCCUGAAAUGGAUGAGCUGGUCCAGCAUGAGUUCUUCACCAUGGGCGCAAUUGCCGAGGAGCUCGAUCCAAUCUGCCUCAAAACAACACCGGCAUGGCUGGAAAACGCGGAUCCGCGAGGUGAUAGAGUACGCUCGGGCUACGGCAUGAGCCUUGGUAGACUGUGCCGAGAAUGUGGAGUUGGAUUUGGUUCCGACGGUCGACUUCGUCCUGGGGUUGGUGUUGGCGCUGGUAUCUCCGCUCUAUUGGAAAUCGAAGCAGAGAACCGAGAAGGUUGUGCUCCUGUGAUUCCUCUACCUGCGGGUGUUCUUUACAAGCAGUUUUCAGACGCACAUGCCGAGUGGACAGCACGACAAAAGCACCCGUUGAUGACGAAUCGAGUCCGCAGCCGCAAGCCGAUCAUCGACAAGGCAGGAACAAUGACCUCGAAUCCAGAGACCGUGUCUAUCCCGGGAUCAAUGUAUAAAGCUUCUUUGGUAUCCGUGUCUUCGACGGUUAGACCAGUACAGAGCUUUGCAGCCCAACAGCGACAACAAGCACUGCCUUCAGGAGCACUUCGAAAUAAUCUGGCCGAACCUCCCCAGAGCAAGGUGCUGGAGGUUACGGAGCAAGCAAAUCAAGGUCUUUUGAGAGAGCGGCCUUUGAGAGCAGCCACAAUCCGUGCGACGAGAAGCACCACGUUGAGAGAAGCCGUCUCUCAUACGGCGAAAACGCUUCCCAGAUCAGCGACGGUUCCUGACGCAAUUGAUGGCCUCGCAAGACAGAUUGAAGCCAGCCUUGAGAAGCCGGAGUCCCGCAGAGUUCAGAGCGGAAUUCCUCUCGGCAAAUCACUCGCUGAACAGAAGGUCGUCAGAAAACCUUCGCGCGCCAUGGUCCAAAUGGUUAAUGCAACUAUUCGUCCGGAUUCUUCAUCAUCAUCAUCUAGUUCCUCGGGUUCACUUGGUGAUCUACCUAUUCGUGCCUUACAACCGAUUACCGCGAACGACCGAGACAAAAUCGGCGCGACCCCUGAUAUUCUGCACCCACGUAGCAAGCCACUGGAGAAGCCGGUUAGCACGCCUCCUGCUGCCUCCCCUCCCAGGAAAGUUCUCCCCAAGCAUCAACCGAGGAUCAUUGAAGACGGAGAGGCCACAAACUCAGUGCCACAUUCUUCUGCUUCUGCAGUCAUUCAUUCACUCAAGGCUCUUCAUAAAGCACUGGAUGCCCGCAAACUUGACGAGAUGGGUCGACGGCCGCAACCGACUUAUGGCACACGAAAGGAACGCGAGGAAUCGAAAUAUCCUCGGGUCGAGAAGUGGGUCGACUAUUCCACUCGCCACGGCAUUGCGUACAUCUUGUCUGAUGCAACUGUUGGCAUGGUAUUGAAGUCUUCCGAAGAUAAUAUGAUGCCGAGUAGCUGUGUGGUUAUGCGCAAUGCAAGCAGGCAUACGCUGAAGCGAGCGAAGGGCCUCGAAUACCAAUUUGUGCCUCAAGGGCGCGACGCUCAUGACGUCGAGUUCUACGAGCAAAGUGACUACCGAGUCGACAUGAAACGGGUGGACAUCCCAGCUCAACAGUUCUGGCUCGACUUGGAAAAGUAUCAAGGUCAGGUUCCAGCUGCCAAUGCCAUACAGGCCAACUUGGUGGGAAGCGAGGCGGAACGCAUGAAGGAGGUUGGCUUACUGGAUAAAUUUGGCAAGUAUAUGAACAAGCAGAUGGGAGGCACUGAUUCAACGGAGCGGAAAGCGGACGGCAAAAGCAAACAUUUUGUCCACUUUUACCAGCGAGUUGGGAAUGUCGGUGUCUGGAGGUUCGCCGAUGGUGGAUUACAAUUCAACUUUCCCGAUCAUACAAAGCUGCUUAUUCGUUCCGAAGAGUCAGGACAGGAGGAGUUGCGGUGCCACGUCGAUUGUGUUUAUUUGGUGCCGACUGACGCCAUCAGCCUAGCCCAUCACGGCAUCAUCACAGUUGAGGCCAUGGAGCGACGAGGCACCACCAGCUUUCCGUUGGAAGACAUCAUGACGGAUGUCCUCCGCCGCUCAGAGAUGGAGAUUAUUCGCACCAACGAAAUUAAAGAGAAGCUGAGCUGGAUUCGGGCCGUCAUCGGUUGCUGGAUUCGGGAAGGCGGAUUGGGCAAGAUGGGCGAAGAGAAGCUUGGUUGGAGUGGCCUGCAGGAGAGACGGGACGAUAAGCGAACAAAGCUACAGUGGGCGACGGUGGGAAGAUUCGGUGGUGAUGGUGAGGGCAAAGGUGUUGUGAAGCAGUCAUGA